GCGUCUCGCUCCUUUAUUAGCUACCAUCAUCAGAAAGACUGACACAAGUCGAGAGGCCCAGCAGCCAUUCCACCGGCAGCAGCAACCUACAAGCAGUGCAGAUCUGCUAGAGAGGGAAGGAGGGCGGGAGGGAGGGCAUGGGCAGCUCAUCAGGGCUCGUCGACUGGAGGGGAAGGCCGGUUAACCCCAAGAAGCAUGGAGGAGUGAGAGCUUCCAUCUUCAUUCACGCUCUGGUGCUGCUGAGCAACGCUGCCAACAUCGCCAACAUCAUGAACCUGGUGACCUACCUUCGCGGCACCAUGCACAUGGGGGUGGCGGAGGCCUCAACGACGGCCAGCAACUUCUUCGCGGCGCUGCAGAUGUUCUCCAUCCCGGCGGCCUUCCUCGCCGACUCUUACAUCAAGCGCUUCUACACCGUCCUCAUCUUCGGCCCGAUCGAGAUUCUGGGCUACAUCCUACUAGCAGUGCAAGCGCACGUCCCGUCUCUGCACCCGCCGCCCUGCAGUCCCACUGGCGCGCAGACAUGCGAGACGGUCCGUGGCUCCAACCUGAGCCUGCUCCUCCUGGGCCUCUACCUGAUCCCCAUCGGCGACGGCGCGGCGCGUGCGUGCCUGCCGGCGCUGGGAGGAGACCAGUUCGACACGGCCGACCCCGUGGAGCAGCGGCAGGAGACGAGCUUCUUCAACUGGUACACCUUCGCCGUGUCCUCCGGCGGCUUCGUCGGCCUGGUGCUCGUCGUGUGGGUGGAGAACAGGAGAGGAUGGGACAUCGGCUUCACCCUGUGCGCUCUCUGCGUGCUGCUGGGGAUGCUCAUAUGGAUGGCCGGCUUCCCUUUCUACAGGAACCAGCUGCCCGGUGGAAGCGCCAUCACAAGAAUCUUGCAGGUUCUUGUGGUGGCAUUCAAGAAAAGAAAUGUUCAGUUGCCUGACAACGCAAGUGAACUGAAGCAACUGAACCAAGAUGAUCACAAUGUCCUUGAAGAGCUGCAGCGGACAGAUGGCUUUCGGUGCCUGGAGAAAUCGGUGGUAGAGACCGGAGAGACAGGGCCAUGGUCGCUGUGCACCGUGACCCAGGUGGAGGAGACCAAGAUCGUCCUCCGGAUGGUGCCCAUCUUCCUCAGCUCCGUCCUCGGAUACAUCCCGGUGCCGCUCAUCCUCAACUUCACCGUGCAGCAGGGGAACACCAUGGACACCAAGCUCGGCGGCGUCCACAUCUCCCCGGCCACGCUCUUCGUCAUCCCCACCGUCUUCCAGAUGGUGAUCCUCGUCCUCUACGACCGGUUCAUCGUCCCCUUCCUGCGCAGGAUCACCGGAUACGUGGGCGGCGUCACGCAUCUGCAGCGCAUCGGGAUCGGGUUCCUCUCGGCCACCGUGGCCACCGGCGUCGCCGCCCUGGUGGAGGCCAAGAGGAAGAGGGUCGCGGAGGAGAACGGCCUCAUGGAAGCCACCACCGGGAUCCCCAUGUCCGUCUUCUGGCUGACGGUGCAGUUCUUCCUCCUCGGGGUGGUGGACGUCACCUCCUUCGUGGGGCUCCUCGAGUUCUUCUACAGCGAGGCGUCCACGGGGAUGAAGUCCGUCGGCAGCUCCAUCUUCUACUGCAUCCUCGGGGUGUCGGCUUGGCUGGGGAGCCUGCUCAUCCAGGUGGCCAACCGGGUCACCAGGCGCGCCGACGGGACGGGAGGCUGGCUGGACGGCACCAACUUGAACAUGGGCAAGCUCGACAACUUCUACUGGCUGCUUGCUGUGCUUGAGCUGGUGUCGCUCUUCGUCUACACCUUCUUCGCCAGGAGGUAUGUGUAUAGGAAUGAGCAAAGGGUUGUGGAUGUGGACACCAAGGUUCCAAUGGAAGGUGCCACCUUUGGUGAUGUGAUGAUCUAGACUAGACUAGAUGAUGAUACACGACCAAACUAGACAAUGCCAACUUCAAUUGUGACGUACAACUACCAACUACCACUCAGUGUUUUGACUGGACCAAUGUGGAUGGGCCGGGAUGUUAUAUGACUCUUUUUGAGCGUUUAACUACAGUGCAAAAUUUCGGAAAGAAAUAA